GUGUGUGUCCAGGGAACUCGUGAGGAGUUGAGAAUGAGUGUGCGUGAAAGUGAAAUAUUGGUGUGUGUCAAGAGAAAGUGGUGGGGAGUAUCUGGUGGUUUAUGGCCGGAGAGGGGGUGUUGUCCUGUUAUCGCAUUCCUGCAAGACUAGGUCAUCUGGUGGUGUUCUCCUCUGUCCUUUGUUCUCUGACCUGGAACAGCAUUUAUUGAAAACAAGCUCCUAACACAAAUUGGUCUUUGCACAACAUUUUAGUCAGACCAAUCUAUAACAUUUUAUAUUUACUACGACAAAUUAUAUUUACUACGACAGUGCUCAAACCGUGCUCUACAAAUUCAAACUUCUACUGAAAUGCUUGUUUGCAUGUGGUUUACCUAAGACGCAGUUUCUAAUCGGUGUUAACAGGUAAAGUCCGUAAAAUAUCAGGCUCCCGAUCAUGCUCUGCUCUAAUGACUGCCCCAAUGUUGCCAACAAUUUUACAGUGAGAUCCGCUAUUGGCUCCUUGAUUUGUCGUUAGAUGACGUUUUGCCGUUGCCGCGACGACGUCACAGCAUCAAUUUGCCUUGCUGCGGCACAGCUGCAGUCCCCGUUCCUAGCGUUUUCACCUCCUCUCCUGCCGCACAUUCCACCCCUUUUGCGCCUGUGUGUGGGCCAUUGCUGUAACUUCUGUUACACAAACAGCUUCUCGUUUGCGGCAGAAUUGAGUGGGAAAAGUCGCUAAAUGGCAUAAAAUCUCAUAGAAUCCCAAAACUCCCCAAAGGCAGCCUGAAAAGUAGCUGAAUUUGUCGCUAGAAUCUUUUACCAAUAUAAAGUCGCUGGAGGGGUCUGAAAACUCGAUAAAUAUAGCGACAAAGUCGCUAAAUUGGCUUGUCUGCUAGCUAUGAUUUGUCUUUAAGUUCACUCAUACUACAACAUAUCCUACCUCAAUGCAAGGUCCUUGCUACCCGGGUCCUUGGGACGUCCCUAGUUGACAUUUUAAAUGGGUAGGUAAGGGUUAUGGUUAAGGAUAGGGAUGUCCCAAGGGUUCUGGAUAGCACUAACAGUGACUGCUGCAACAACCUCAGUGCCAGAUUCUCAUUUUACUGUAGACUUCAAGAUGAUAGUAAUAACAAAUAACGCAACAAGUUUAACAACAAGAAAGCUACAUGUUGGAAUAUUUGUAGAACAUUGCCAUGGUCUAGAUCUGUGAAUGCAGCAUUUGUCUUUUUGUGUUGUAGGUAAAAAUCAACUCAAAAUUACAAUACUCAAUAGGCCUUCUCUUAGCCUUUCCUGUGAGUGGUGAAUUUUUUAUGACACACCAUGGUCUCCUUAGGAUUGAAUUACAGUUUGGGACAAAACAGGUGGGUAUUUGAUUUCACUGUUGCAGCAACAGUUGCUCAGCCCUCACAGAUACCAGUGCAUGAUGUGGGAAGUGCCACAGUCAUAACGGGAAGUAAAAUAACAUUUCAACAAACAUGUUUUGGAGUUGGAGCUUGUGACUGUUAAACAGAGAAGAUGUCUGUCCUAUCUCUCGAGUCCCUCUGCCUAGCAGAUAAUGACAGUCCAUCCCCUGCAGAAGACCUAGACCUGGAGGAUGAGUGGGAUACAGACCUGGAGGUUGAUGAGAUGAAAAAGACCAGUAAGGACACUUCGACUGCUGAGAUGUACCUGCAGGCCUGCAAGCUGGUCGGGGUGGUUCCUGUCUCCUAUUUCCUCCGGAACCUGGGCACCUCCACCAUGAACCUCAACCACCACGGCCUGGGACCUCCGGGGGGCAAGGCACUAGCCAUCGCCCUGGUGACUGACAUGCAUAUUACCAACCUGGAGUUGGCAGACAACUACCUGCUGGCUGAGGGAGCCAGAUACCUUGUGGAGAUGUUGAAGGCAAAUUUCACCAUUCAGCAUCUGGAUUUGUCCAACAAUCACCUACAGUCUGAAGGCGCUGAGUGCAUAGCAAAAAUGUUGCUCGAUAACAUUUCCAUCAAAUCCAUCAAACUUUCAGGGAAUGGAUUCAUAGAGGACAAUGCUAAAAGUUUUGCAGAUGCCCUGGCAAACAACUACAGAGUAAAAGAGCUGGACUUGAGCCACAAUCAGUUCUGUGGGAGAGGUGGGGAGCAUCUGGGCCAGAUGUUAGCCAACAAUGAAGCUCUGGAGGUACUAGACUUGAGCUGGAACCAUCUGCGAAUGAAAGGAGCUGUGGCUUUCUGUGCCGGCCUCAAGGUGAAUGUGACCCUGAAACACCUGGACCUGUCCUGGAAUGGCUUUGGGAAUGAGGGGGCCUUGGCUUUAGGAGAGGCACUGAAAUUCAACAACACUCUGGUGUACCUGGACCUCAACAACAACCGCAUCACCAACGAGGGGGUAGGCAUGCUGUGCAAGGGGCUGGAGGCCAACGACACUCUCAGAGUACUGAUGCUGGCUUAUAACUCUCUGACAGUGGAGGGAGCGCUGGCUCUUGUCACUGUGGUCAAGAACACACCCAAAACCGCUCUGGAGGAGAUCAACAUAUCCAAUGUGUUGGUGAAUGAAAACUUUGUGCAGCUGCUAGAUCUGACGUGCCUUGAGCAUCCCUGUCUGGAGGUGCAGUAUGGAGGAGUCGGGGGCUUUAUCGCUAAGAAACCACCCAAACGCCUUGACCCAAUGAAAGUAAUCCAGGAUUAUCUGGAUGAACGGAAGCUGCGUCUUUGGGACUUCUUUCGGAAAAUCGAUAAAGAUGGGACAAUGCGAGUGCCUGUGGCAGACUUCAGGAAGGCUGUGCAGCAAUCCAACAUCCCCUUGGAUCGAUACCAGAUUGAGGAGUUGAUUCAGAGACUGGAUCGUGAAAGGACAGGGAUGGUAGACUACAGGGGUCUGGCUGACACCAGGAAGCAGAUGAUGCGGGACCACCGGCGGCAGCUGCGUAAGGUGGAGUCCCGUCAGAAGAAAGAGAAGCAGAAGAGCGAGCGUAUCCUGAAGACCUUUCAGAGCGCCGUGGAGGCCAACACCCCCCGCAGCUCCAUGGUCAUGUCCCCAGGCGGCACCAAGGAGGACUCCAGUGGCCCCCAGCACUUCUCUGCCACCCCACUCAGCUCCUGGCACCACAUUGUCAUGUCCAACAGCAGCCGCUACUCUGUCACAAACCUGAGCAGUGAGCACGUCCACCUCCCCAUGCUAGGGGGCAGCACCCACCAACGGCCCACCAGUUCCCCCACCAUGCGCUCCUACUCCCAGCCCAACCUGAUGGAUGAUUCCCCACGAUACCCCCAAUCCAAGCCCUCCUCGGCCCAGGGGAUGCUCUCUGACUCCAACCCUGAUGUUGACCACACCAAGCUGAGCCCCACUGCCAACCACCUGACCAGGUCCAGACCAGCACUGAACUCCAAGCAGCCAGCUACUAAAAUCAAAACCACCAAAGUGAAGAAAAAGAAGACCAAGAAACACGUGGAUAAAACUCCACGUCAACAGAAUCAAACACAAUCAUCGAAGUGACUGAUGCUGCUGUGUCUUACUAUGCAGUAACAGCUCCACUGACCCUUUGUUAUAUAUUUUUACUGGGAAAUAUAAUAAUAAUAAUUCCAUAUAUUACACAUAUAACCACAAAAUAAAUAUUAUUCCAGUAUACAUAGCCACGUUUCAUGCAAACCUUAUUCUCACCCAGCUAAAUUAGAUGGUAUGAUUAUCUUUAAAUGUAUCCUGUUAGUUGUUGAAUUGAUGUGCCUUAGCUCAAUAGUAUGAACUAUUUUAUUUAAGAUACCAUUUAGUGGCAGGGUUGGCAAAGAUCCUGCUCAGACCAUAGUACUUUUCAUUAUGUCUGGGAAAGUUCCCAGGUGUAGAUGCAAAGUGCACACCCAUGAAUUAUCUGUGAAAAUUCUAAAACCCACCACAACAUUAUAUGACAUCCCUGCACUAAAAACAUCCUAGCAGUUAGAAUCUGUUUGUCAAAGAUAACUGACGUCUCACAGUUGUAAAAGGUGUCUAGAUAUUCUGUGACGUGUGUCUUUGAUGGUGACAGUGUGGGUGUGAAGGCCUAUCACUCUCUGAUGUACGCCAUAGAUUCUGCAAUGAGCAAUGGUUCUGAUGACUAUUUCCUUAACAAUAAUUAUGUUUGCCUAUGAUAUGUGACUUAGAAGGUACUUACUGUAU